AGCCUCGAUUCCUUCAAGCAUUGAGCCAUAUUUAAAAGGUUCAUACUCAGUACAUUGAAACCAGCAAAAUGCCGCAGGAUAUGCCCCCCAUUGGGGGCUAUCGCCCUGUCCAGUACAAGCGCAACAUACCUGCUCGCGGUUUCAAGCCUUUUACCUACCUCGUCGGCAUGCAUUUGAUUAUGGGAUACGGAUUUUAUAAGUACUACUACGGAGUUCGCGAAUUGAAUGAACUCGCUCGUGAAAAGAUGUGGUCUCGUAUUCAUCUCAUUCCCCUCCUUCAAGCCGAAGAGGACCGCGAUCAAGUCCGGCGACACUUUGCCGAUCAGGCUCGUGAGAAGGAGCUUCUUGGCACUGAGACUAGUCCAUACCACUCUGACAGAUUCGUCCGCCCAAGCUACACAUAUACCCCCAGCAACGUUACUCAAUAGUGAAAUUGAAAAACUUCAAAUACAAAGACAUCAAGUUACAGAAAAUGCACUGCAGGGGACUAUUGAGCUAUAUCCUUCCGCAGUAUACACAACAUGUUCCAUUUGUCACAACCACUUGCGCUUUUCCGCUGCUCAAGUCGUGCUGUGCUUAUGAGGGAGAAAGAUGUUUCGACCUCUGCGGGAUUCAUUUGAGGACGGCGGGGUCAACAACGGGAGGGGUGUGGAUGAUUGAUGUACAUAACAUUAGAAGGUUGUUUUGAUAAAUCAGAAUUGAGGAUUUCUGCCUUUC